GGCUCGGUGUCUUGUUGUUCUAGUCUGGGGUUUGUGUGUGCGAUAGCAGGACAUGGCGUUCAACUCCACCACCAAAUUUUUCGCUCUUUCCCAGUCUUUCAGCGUGUCCGAUAUCAUUGUGAUCGGAGCAUAUUUUUUAUUGAACGUCGCAGUUGGAAUAUGGUCAUCCUGCAGAGUGAGCCGAAACACACUCAGUGGAUAUUUUCUGGCUGGCAGAGACAUGGCUUGGUGGCCGAUCGGUGCGUCUCUGUUCGCCAGCAGCGAGGGCUCUGGGCUCUUCAUCGGUCUGGCGGGGACCGGAGCGGCGGGAGGAAUCGCUGUGGCCGGAUUUGAAUGGAAUGCAACUUAUGUCUUGUUGGCUCUUGCCUGGGUCUUUGUCCCAGUUUAUGUGUCCUCUGGGAUUGUCACAAUGCCAGAGUAUCUGGGUCGGCGGUUUGGAGGAGAGAGAAUUCGCAUGUACUUGUCAGCUCUCAGUCUGCUGCUCUCUGUGUUUACCAAGAUCUCGACGGAUCUGUACUCUGGAGCUCUGUUUGUCCAGGUGUGUUUGGGCUGGAAUCUCUACCUCUCCACUGUGCUCAUGCUGGUCGUCACCGCACUCUACACUAUUGCAGGUGGCUUGGCUGCUGUAAUCUACACCGACACUCUUCAGACCUUCAUCAUGAUCAUCGGAGCUGUCAUCCUCACCAUCACCGCAUUCAACAAAAUUGGAGGCUACAGUAACCUGGAGAGUGUGUAUUUGCAAGCUGUGCCGUCCAAGAUCAUCCCGAACACAACAUGUCACCUGCCUAGACAUGACGCCAUGCACCUGUUCAGAGACCCAGUGCAUGGAGAUCUUCCCUGGCCAGGCAUGACGCUGGGAUUAACCAUUCUUGCAACAUGGUACUGGUGCACCGAUCAGGUAAUCGUGCAGAGGUCUCUGUCAGCCAAGAGUCUGAGUCAUGCCAAAGGAGCGUCCAUCUUUGCCAGCUAUCUCAAGAUGCUUCCCAUGAUCUUCAUCAUCUUACCUGGCAUGAUCAGCAGGGCACUGUACCCAGACACAGUGGCUUGUGUGGACCCUGAGGAGUGUGUGAAGGUGUGUGGUGCAGAGGUGGGCUGCUCCAACAUCGCUUUCCCAAAACUGGUGAUUGAACUCAUGCCUAGCGGCCUUCGGGGGUUAAUGAUAGCUGUAAUGAUGGCCGCAUUGAUGUCAUCACUUACCUCCAUCUUUAACAGCAGCAGCACUCUCUUCACCAUGGACAUCUGGAAGAAAUAUCGAAGAGGUGCUAGCGAAAAAGAGCUGCUACUUGUUGGCAGGAUAGUGACUGUUAUUCUGGUGGUGAUCAGUGUGGUUUGGAUCCCAAUUCUUCAGAGUGCUAACAGCGGUCAGCUCUAUGUUUACAUCCAGUCGGUGACCAGCUAUCUGGCCCCUCCUGUUACUGCCAUUUUUGUAAUGGCGGUUUUUUGGAAAAGAACCAACGAAGCGGGAGCGUUCUGGGGCCUGAUGGUGGGUUUAGUGGUGGGAUUGACACGGAUGGUCCUGGAGUUUGCGUUUCCUCCUCCUCGCUGUGGCGUGUUUGACCCUGCUCCCUCUGUCUUGAGGAGUGUGCACUACCUGCACUUCGCCAUCAUACUGUGUGCCCUCACUGCUAUAGUAGUGGCUGUGAUCAGUCUAUUGACUCCUCCACCCACUGAGGAACAGACACAUAAUCUAACAUGGUGGACUCUCCACAACAGCACUGAGAGAGAAGUCCCUCUGCAAAAAGUCUCUACACUCAGCCGCAGGACAGACGGCUGUGAGUCUGUGCGCAGGAGUAAAUGUGUCCGCACCGCUGGCUUCUGCAGCCCUCGACCAGGCCGAUUUGCAUCUGGGACUCCACCCCCCAUCAUUCACAGCAUCAGAGAAGAUCCCUUCUGGUCUCGUUUCUGCUGUGUCAAUGCCAUCAUUCUCAUGUGCGUUAACAUCUUCCUCUAUGCUUACUACGCAUAACAUACACAGCAGCUUUUUUCUGUUUUUGAUACAAAUGCUCCACCUGCAUACAGUUGAAGUCAGAAUUAUUAGCCCCCUGUGAAUUUUCUUUUCUUUUUUUAAUAUUUCCCAAAUUAAGUUUAACAGACCAAGGACAUUUUCACAGUAUGUCUGAUAAUAUAUAUUUUUUUCUGGAGAAAGUCUUAUUUUUUGUUUUAUUUUGGCUAGAGUAAAAGCAGAUUUUAAUUUAUUAAAAAUAAUUUUAAGGUCAAAAUUAUUAGCCCCUUCAAGCUAUAUAUUUUUUUCGAUAGUCUACAGAACAAACCAUCAUUAUACAAUAACUUCCCUAAUUACCCUAACCUGCCUAGUUAAUUUAAUUAACCUAGUUAAGCCUUUAAAUGUCACUUUAAGCUAUAUAAGUGUCUUGAAAAAUAUCUAGUCAAAUAUUAUUUACUGUCAUCAUGGCAAAGAUAAAAUUGGUUAUUAGAAAUGAGUUAUUAAAACUGUUAUGUUUAGAAAUGUGUUAAAAAAAAUCUUCUUUCCGUUAAACAGAAAUUGGGGGAAAAAAUAAACAGGGGGACUAAUAAUUCAGGGGGGCUAAUAAUUAUGACCUCAACUGUAUCUUAUAAAACCUUUGGAAUUUUAAUUACUAUUUACCUUCGUUAAAUUAGCAAUUUAAUUGAUUGGAAAACAUUGCAAGGCAUCAUCAUCACUAGACUCAACCGACCUAUAAACAUUGAUACAGUAAAUAAUUUGUUAUUUGUGAUGUAAAACUGCAUGUUUGGCUUUGAGAAUAGAGCUAAAGAGGAUUUACUAUGGGCAAAGCGUAAUAAUAAUAUCUACUGUAACUGUUUGUUUGAUUAAUAAGUUUGCAAUGGCUGGGAGAAAAAAGUAAAUGUAGUCAUUAUCGAAUACUCCCAAAGAAAUGGGCGUACAUUUAACUGCAGUUUUAAAUAAAUGAGCAGUGAUUAAAGUGUAAUUUUCUGUACAGCACAUCCAUUGACUGCGUAAUUUUAGCCUUAAUUAUUAUUUCAACAAUAGUGGGAGAAUAGUCAAAGAUUAUAUGGUUGAGAGAUAAGCUCAUAAAUGUUUUUAACCCUUGUGUGCUGUUAGGGAUCCACUCUGGGGAGAUUUUGAGUCUUAAUUUUUUACAACUUUCUUUGUGUUUCAGCAAAUGGAAUGAUUUUUAGUGACAUUUUAUUUUUUGACACAUAUUUUGGGGAAAUGCUUUGAAAGAAUGUUAAAACUCAACAAAUUCACUACCCUUUCCUUAUGUUAGUGGCUGUUUUUGCUCCGUUGACUUCCAUUAAAAUGAUUUUUUUUUUUAGCCAUGACAUAUUAUUAUGUAUUCUUGAUUGUUGGUGGUUUUCCUUGUUAGGCGGAGGUCAAAUCUGUCAUUUUUGCACCAGUUGAAGUGCAAAAAAAACUCAGUUUCUGGCUUUUAUAUGGAGUUAUAUUGGGUAUAUUGUGUGUGUUUGA